GGAAAACUGAAUUGACUGAGUGAAUACGUAUAAACUGGAGAGGAAUUAGAUUUAUUGAGAGACUUGGGUUGCGGUUAGCUAAGGAACGAAAAGUGGAUUGAAGGUCCCUUUCUUAAUACUCCGUAUUUGUGUAAAAAGGACUUGGGAUCGUGUACUCAUCCCAAAACGGCAUCGUUUUCGUUAAAAAAAAUCAAAACGCAUCUAUCUUGGAGUGCAGCGAUGGAAUACGUAGCGAUGGGAUAAUACCCCUCUACUCUACAUCCGCGCUUCCGCCACCUCCAGUUCGCAUAUGGCUGUCCAGCUGUCGUCGCCCUCCCUGAGUUCCAAUUUAUGGUCUCAAUCUGCAGUUGAAAGGUCAUCUCCCUCCUGGUUAUUUAGAUAUUCCACCGUAAAAUUCGCAACUCCAUCGGUAGAAAUUCCAUCUCCAACGCAGAUCCAUUCAAGAGGUGGCUUCUGCAAAGCAGGGAAUGUGGAUAAGGCUUGCCAGAUCUAUGCAAAAAUGAAGGGAAGUGUUAGCACUUCCGAAGUAGACAUGUACUUCGAGACAGAUAUGGGUAAUAGUGCAGUGAAGCCCAAUCUCGUUAGUCAUUACAUAUGGAGCUUUAGUGGAUGGUCUAUGCAAAGCACAUCGGGUAAACGAUGCUCGUGAUCUAUUGGAUACAAUGUUAGUGGAAGGUCAAGAGCCAAAUGUAAAUAUAUACGUAGUAUGAUGCUCUAAUUGAUGGAUUUUGCAAGAAAAGAAAGACAAUGGGCUAGUUACAUCUCCCCUAAAGGCCAUUCACAUUUAAACAUGCUAAAGUUACAUUUUCCAUUUAAGUUGUUUACAUUUAAAACAUUUUAUGGUCCUAAUAUAAAAAC